AUGACCGAAGUUUACUUUGGUACCAACACUAUUUACCGUCCCGGCAAGACAAUUUCCCAAUUUGAAGACCGCUUUCUCCUUCUGUCCCCACGGGGUGUCGGAUUCGAUCGCGUCGGUGGCUUGAUUGGCCCCUCGGUGGCCCGCCUGCAGGAAACGAUCCACCCCCACGAGGCUACAAAGGCGACUCAGUGGGAGGGUUGCGAUCGGACGGUGACAAAGAGGCGUCCGGAUGGCUCCACGGAGGGCUCCACGGGUGGCUCCACGGGUGGCUCCACGGGUGGCUCCACGGGUGGCUUGACGGACGAGAACGGGUGGCGCCUUGAACUUCUGCCUCCCGCCACAUCUGACUGGCCCGCCACUUUGCUGACAUUUCCAACCUUUUUCGGAUUCCCGAAUGCAGCACCACACAUUGGUGGCGGGGGGACAACCCCAAAGAAGAAGCAGAAGAAGCAACCGCAACGCGCCUGGCCAUCUUCCCCCAGGGCGGCUCGCGAGACUUGCCUCCAGCAAAACCCACAUAGGGCAAACCCCACCUAUUGCAACCCCCGUAAAACUCUGCUGCGGGGCCCCCUUAGCCCCUUAGCCCCCAUACUGGCCCACGGCGUACCACGGUGGCCCGCGCAACCUGCCUCUAGCGUUAACACGGCCGACGUCAUGUCCAAUGUUUUUCGUCUUGGCCGACCUGACCCGUAG